AUGAUCAUCAACGGCUGUGGCUUUUUCGGUCGCAUCUUUCCAAGUCUCCUCGCCGACAUUAAGUUUGGAUUACUGAAUGUCUUGGCGUGUUUCACGCUCUUCAGCAGCAUUGCUAUGUAUUCAUGGCAACGCGUCGAAUCCCUUGAGACUAUGUACGUCUUCGUUGCAUUCUACGGUUUCUUUGCGGGGGCUGUCCAGUCUCUUCUCUCGGCAUUAUCACCCUGUCUCACGGCUGAUGUACGCAAACUCGGAACCCUGAUGGGUAUGAUGAUGACCAUCGUCGGAUUCUCGGCACUCACCGGAACACCUAUUGCGGGCGCCUUGAUUGAAAAAGCCGGGGGGAGCUACAUAUAUGCUCAAAAUUUCACUGCAUCAGCCAUGAUGGCUGCAGCCCUUUGUAUUGCCGGGGCCCGAAUCUCUAAAACAGGAUGGAAGCUUGCAGCGAAAGCUUAA